UUAGGGUUGCCUCCUGAAGCAGCCUACGACGUUUUAACUAAUCCAGACAACCAAUCAUACUCCAGAAUAAUCAAAGGACGCCAACUUCUGGAAAACAUAUCAAGAGAAGUUGUGUCACCCGAUACUGGAAAAGGACAGUUCGUAAGAGCGAAGAAAGCUGUGGGAUGGAACUUCCUUUAUUGGUCUGGAGCUAUCCCGAUAUCUACUAGUUUCAUCGAACACCCACAAUUUCUUACUGUACACUAUUGGGUAAAGAAUAAGAUGUUCAUAGAUAUGUUUGAGGGUCAGUAUAAAUUGGAGCCUUUAUACGUAGAUUCAGAACGCUUGUGCAAACACAAAAAGCCGAAGAGUAGAGAAGAAUACGAAGAAUGUAGUUGCAGACAAGGCAGGAUUGCGACGAAAGUGAAACUGGACCAGAUGUUUAAGCCUUCUUUUCUUUUUAAUCUGCCACCGAUUUCUUGGUACGUUCGUCGGAUCACCAUCAAGACCAUGACAACUCUGAUCGAAGAUCUUCAAAUGAACGGAGCCAUGAUCCGAGGUGUUUGAAAACACCCCAAAUCCGAUACCAAUAGGUAAAAGCAUCAAGAACCAAACAUUACAACUUGUCAACUGCCAGCAAAAGUAUCAUAAACAAGCAUAGACUGUAAAGCUUGUAACCUGAAUUUUAUACAAUUCUCCAGCCAGUUCAUGAUAAGUAAUUCUUAUCAAGUUUCGUGAAGAAGAUCUCAAAUGAAACCGUAGUUCAACAUAUGAAUCAAAGUGCAAAACUAAACACGGUGACAAAAACCCACGGAAGCAGUAGAUUAAAUCUUCGAUUACAGUAUUACCAAAACUAUAUAAAAGGUGGUUUUUCUAAGUUCUACGUACAAUCAGAACAACAAAUCACAAAAUCCAUCCACAUAUCC